GAGAGCUCACUCUGCUGGCUUGUCGUUCCUGGAUGAAGUUAGAGAUGGGGGCGUCCGCUAAGCAGAAGGGGGUUGGGUAGGAGCUUGGGCAGCCGAGGAGAGAAGAGGAGGUACGAAGUCCUCAUUGCAGAGAGUAGGAGAACAACCUACGGGGAAAGUAGUGGGAUUGCCGGGCAGCACAGGGAUGCUGGGAGAAGAUGGAGAAGAGCCAGCCAGUGUGUGUGUCAACCACGCUGGGGUGUGCUCAGUGGGGGAUGACGGCAGGAGAGAGACAAGGGAGGUGAUUAAACGAGGGGUGAUGAGUAAGGGAGGGAGUCAUUCUGUGAGAUGGUGGGAGCUCCGGAUGAGGCUGGCGGGAGUGUUAGAGCGAGUGGGGGGCAGGAGAGAUGCUUGGAUCUCUUUUCCAGAUAAAGUCAGGGGCCCGGGUGUGACCACAGGAAGGGGUGGCUGGAUCGGAGUGUUGGAAAGAUCACUGGAGGUGAGGGAAUCAAGGUAGCGAGAGACCAGGGGGUAGGAUGGUCCAUCCACAUGGGUCCGAGAAUAAGACAGGAGGAUGGAGGAAACAGUAAGCCAGGAACCAUGUCCCCAGCGAAUGAGAUGACCAGCAGACGGACAGCAGGUGAUAUGGCUGGGUGUUGAACGAGAAGGAGAUGUCACGGGAGCACGGAGGAUACUGACCCCUGCAGGAUUCUGCAGUGCGUGGGGUGUAAGAGAAGAGCACCCAUGAGUGGGCACCAGGCGAGGCGGCGAGCCAGGUUGGUUGAAUACAGAUGUGGAAGCCGUGGAUAUGGAGGGCUGACUGUAUUGCAGCAGCUGGUGUAGCAGCAUCGUAUCUGAGAAGAUGCCAGGGCAAGCUGGAACUCCAGGGCUGGGCGGCCCAGGGUGAUCAUCUCCUUCUGUCCAUCCACACCUCUCUGAUUCACGGACAGCAACAAGAGGGCAUUCAGGAAGAACAGGACUAGACAGAAUGUUAUGGAACAGUUCAAUCCUGGGCUACGAAAUUUAAUAAACCUAGGAAAAAAUUACGAAAAAGCUGUUAAUGCUAUGGUUCUGGCGGGAAAAGCCUACUACGAUGGAGUGGCCAAGAUCGGUGAGAUUGCCAGCGGGUCCCCUGUGUCGACAGAGCUGGGCCACGUUCUCAUAGAGAUUUCGAGUAUCCACAAGAAGCUCAACGAGAGGCUUGAUGAAAAUUUCAGAAAAUUCCAUAAGGAGAUUAUCCAUGAGCUGGAGAAGAAGACAGAGCUUGAUGUAAAAUAUAUGAACGCGACUCUCAAAAGAUACCAAGCAGAACACAGGAAUAAAUUAGAUUCUUUGGAGAAAUCUCAAGCUGAAUUGAAGAAGAUCAGAAGGAAAAGUCAAGGAGGACGAAAUGCACUCAAAUAUGAACACAAGGAGAUGGAGUAUGUAGAAACCAUCACUUCUCGCCAGAAUGAAAUCCAGAAAUUUAUUGCAGAUGGUUGCAAAGAAGCUCUACUUGAAGAGAAAAGGCGCUUCUGCUUCCUGGUUGACAAACACUGCAGCUUCGCAAAUCACAUUCAUCAGUAUCACUUACAGUCUGCAGAAUUGAUCAAUUCCAAACUGCCUAAGUGGCAAGAAACGUGUGGUGAUGCCACCAAAGUACCAGAGAAAAUCAUGAAUAUGAUCGAAGAAAUUAAGACCCCAAUCUCCACCCCAAUGUCUGGAACGCCUCUGCCUUCACCCAUGAUCGAGAGGAGAAGCAUGGUUGGGCGAGAUUAUGACACCCUUUCUAAAUAUUCACCAAAGAUCCCCUCGGCUCCUUCAGCCAGAGCGUUAACCAGCCCUUUGAUUGAUAUGUUUAAUAACCCAGCCACAGUCGCACAGAAUUCAGAAAGAAAAAAUAAUUCAACAGGUUCUUCAGAUGACCCCAGUUUACAGCGAUCGGUUUCUGUUGCCACUGGACUGAACAGGGUAAAAAAGCAGAAAGUGAAAACCAUCUUUCCGCACACGGCCGGCGCGAACCAGACCUUACUUAGCUUCGCGCAGGGAGAUGUCAUCACGCUGCUCAUCUCCGAGGAGAAGGACGGCUGGCUGUAUGGAGAGCAUGAGGACACCAAAGUGAGGGGUUGGUUCCCGUCGUCAUACACAAAGUUGCUGGAGGAAAACGAGAAGGAGACCGUGAGCGUGCCCGGACCAAGCUCAGUAUCAGUACGGAGCGUGAGCACGAUGAACUUAUCUGAGAAAAGCAGCGUCGUCAUCCCCCCACCGGAUUACUUAGAAUGUUCGUCCAUGGGGGCGGCUGCAGAAAAGAAAGGAGCGGUUUUCCAAAACGCUUCUACCUUUAAAGCACCAGUGUCCAAACCAGAAACCACGUCUCCUAAUGAUGCAAAUGGGUUUGCAAAGCCUCCUUUUCUCAGCAGAGAAAAUCCCUUUGCUACUGUGAAACUCCGACCAACAGUGACAAAUGAUCGCUCAGCACCAGUCAUUCGAUGAAAAGGUGGCCCCAGAUUCUUCUGGUUCCCCGUUCGGUUCUCGCUUGGGAAAUGAUAGGUAUGCGUUUGUGAUAAGUGCUGUCCUGUUGUAAAGCUUCACCGGAGGGUGCCUGAUUUUACAUGUAUUCCACUCGAGCAAUCAGUGCAUUUUCUAAUUUAACAUAGCUGGGUUUACAUAUUUCUGUCUUUAAGGUAACUACAUCAUAGUUUAGAUACAACUCAAUCAUUUAAAGUAUUUUCUUCCUAUUCUGUUCAAGAACUGUAAAUUUUCAAGAACUGUAAAUUUGGUUCCAAUCCUAUUGUAUCAUUUUCUUUUAAUAUUCUAUGAUUUUUUUUUAAUAGCCAGAAUAAGGGAUAGUUGAUGCUUCUGUGACUGGCUUUCUGCACCUGAACGCAGAUAAGAUCACAGUUUUAUUUUAUAAAGCAUGUGCUCUUAAAUAGCAUUACGAUGUUUAAAGAAAUCGCUGUGUAGAUUUGCAUCCCAGCAUGCAAAUAACCUUAAGCAAUAUAAAUUAUGAGAAUAUUGUAUAAAAUUUAACUUAAAAACUUCUAAAUGUUUGCUUAAGUCAAAUGCAGCCCUACCCAAGAUGAAGCAUCCCGCAAGUUCUCGUGAUUUAGACACAGCGCUAAGAGCACUGAGAAUUCUCCUAUCACAGCCAUGAUAUUAGCACUUGAAUACUUUCUAAGAGGUACUGAAUUUGGCGUUCUGAGUUACCAACUGGGAUACCAAUGAAAACAUGCCAGGCCAUGCCACAUGCGGGCCUGGCUCACAGGGUAAUAACACAUGCAUCUGGGGACUCCACACGUAGAAACCCAGGCUCCUCUCACUAAGCUAGUUGACCAAAGCUGCCUCCAUCACUGAUUUACUCUGAAACCUGUUGGGGUGCAAGUUUCUCCACUUUCAGUCAGGUGCUGAAACUGCAAACAGCACUGCUGAAGCCAGGAGGACCUCUGGGAGCCGGGGGAGGGUAGCGGGAGGCUGCACCUCGGCUGAGCCCCACGCCGGCAUACCCGGAACCUGGGCUUCUGCAGCGGCGCGGCAAGGCAGAGCCAGUGGCAGGGUUUCUCUCUGGCUGUCAGGGACUACGCCCAAUUUGGAGGAGUGGGGAGUGGUGAUGAAAACUCACACACAGGCCAUCCACUGUAUGGGGGCAGGGGAGGGGGGCUUGUUGCUAACCACAGCUUUUGGCUUUGCCAUGAAUAUUAUUUUUCUAUAAGCUUGAAAUUGGUCAGGGUCAAAUGCAGGUAAACCAGUGUAAGCGUGUGACGCUUUGGGUUCUUGGUCCUGUCUUCCUCCUGGCUGGUCGGCUAUGACCGCUUGGUGGUGGGGGUCUGGGACUGUGUGAGGGCUCCCAGGACCCGCAGGCUAAGGGCCUCUGUCAAGCAGCACACUUGUCUUUUGAGAGCAGACCCUUCCACCAGCGAAGAAAACACAAUCAAAUUAGUCACAUGGCCCAUUGCUCCUCUCACCGUUUAAUAAGAGUAGGGUUCAGAAGCCCUUUAUUUUCAACAGUGUGGAGGGAGUGAGGUGUAGAGACUUGUUAAUUAAGGGAAAAAGGGCAGGGGGUGUCACACCGUGGCCCCGGCCCCCAGAGCUCUGCUGCUGGGGGUCUUCUGGUUACAGGGAUGGCACAGGUCCUGGGAUUAUCAGACGCCACUUGCAGGCCCACCUGGCUCACCCAGACCCUCUACACCUCCACAGAAGGGACGACAGCCGUCACUUACCUGCGUCACACAGCACGGGAGGCCUUGCCUUAGGUCCUGGGCACUGGGGUGCGUGCUCUGUAAAUGUCAAGGUAUUAGGUUUCAUUAUAAUAAUACAAACUUGAAAACAAGCACAGUUUUUGAGCUGUAAAUGCCUAAUGAGGAAUAACAGAAGGUCGGUGUGAACUGGAUAAUGUUGAAGCUGAGUUAGGAGAGGUAACGCUCUUCUCUAUUUUGUAUAUGUUUGUUUGAAAUUUUCAUAACAAAACUUGAUUUCUGUAAGUGGCAGAUUUCUGUAAGUGGCAGUGUGCACUGAAUAAGCGAAACCAGGUGAACAACGGUAUGGAUCUCAUUUAUUUAAAGCAGUAUGUCUCACCUUUCCCAAACUGAAGACUGCAAAAAAUAAAAGCAGUGCCUUACUGAGCUGUCGUUGACCUGGGAGCCGUGCGCGGCCACACUCCCUGUGGCUCCCGCGCCCAGUCCACCCACCUCCCUUUACAAAACAGUCCUGAAGCUGAAUCCCAUGAAGCUAUUGUACACGACAUUUACAUUAGAAAAAGAGAGCUGGGUGUGGGGAAGCCAGGUGUGCUGUUCCCUUUAAGUAAAGUUUGCUCCACAGUUGGGGCAUCUUCGCUUCCUCAAGGCAAAACAGCAGAUGAACCCAAAGGGGAACAAGACGAUGGCCAAGAAGAUGCCCAGGAAGGUGAAGGAGUCCUCCAGAACCCCGACCCUGCGGAGAGAGAGGGGGCACGCGGGUUAGGGCCCUCGCAGACCCAAGGCCUGCCAGCCCAGCGGACCCCUGUCCCCAAGGCGCCCUCCACCCACGUCCACAAGCCUAGGCGCCUCCAGAGCUGGGGCGCUGGUCGUGGAGGGGACGGCCAGCUGCCACCGGUGGCUGCACAGAAAACGUGAAGAGGAGAGAAGAGCCGCUUGGGAGGCACCAGCACCUACUGAUAAAGGCAAGAACAUCCGGCUGCCAUAUAACCUGCCACAUGUUUUCUCUUACAAAAUGAGGAACAAGAGACAAAUGCUGGUUUCUAUAAAAAUUCUUAUGUCUCUGAGAACAAAACCAAGAAACCCAAAUCACUUUAGGAUAUUUUUUUCCCAACGUUGAAAAGUUUUAGACUUAUUUUCCCAUUCCCUACAGGGAAAUUCCGAAAAUAGUGACAGAGUUUGGAUUUUGUGUGAUUUUUAUUGGUUUCGGUGGGGGGAGCAGAUUCUAGUGAAAGACUAAAGCAGCCAUGUUCACACUAUGUUCACACCAUGUCACUUAUCUUGAGAAAUUUAAUCUCAAAGCUUCCUCUUCGGAAGAAGUCAUGAUAACCUUCAACGUGCACAGUACAUAAUCCCUGGGACCGAUAGGGGUCAUCCCCGCACUGUGUGCCCACAAGGGCUCCACCCCAGGUCGGGUCCUUUUCAAAGGCCCCGAAGGGGGGAAGAAGGAGCCAUGUGCUCAGCUCCUCGGGUGACGCCCAUGAUGCCCGCCCCCCAGAAGCGUGUCUCUCGGGCCCCGCAGGCCCAGCCCCGCGCCAGCUGCAGUGCAGAACCAGUGCCCCGCCCUCGGGACCCCAGCCUGUCCCCCAACGCACACACCAAGGUCCUUGGGCUUCCUGAAGCCACCUUAUUGUCCUCAAACACAGUAAGGAUCCUUUAUGCCCACGA